AUGUCCAUAAGCGUCACUGUAGGCGGCUUGACAACAAUUGGCGAUCCUGUCAACGAUUCUGCGGCCCAGCAAGCCUUCAGCUAUGUACGCGAUUUUUGUAUGCAUGCAACAAAUCAUCGCAACCAGCAAACUAUUGAAUCAUUGGCGCUACUAAAUCGUAGUGCAUCACUGCUUAGCACAACUGUGCAGCCACAGCUAUUUAAUCCUGCACAGCUGGAGACCUCCAAACUUUUCAUAGACUUGCAUGCUGUUAUGGGUACUUUGGCUACUGAUUCCGAUGCACUUUGGGCUUGCGUUGCACUUUUGCAACAUCUAAGUCGUAAUCUGACAGCACGUCGCGCAUUGGUAGAGGAUUUUCGUUUUGUACCGCUUCUAGCCUUUGUGCUUAAGCGUUCGCAUGGACAGGAGAAAGUACAAAAGCUGCUAACACUUAUGCAGGAUCUAACUUAUGGUAUACAAAUAAGUUGGGAAGAACCAUAUUUAAUAGUGCUACUAGAGCAGCUGGUCAAUAUCAUAUAUCAAGCGGCAGAGGAAAGUGAGGACGGAUUGGCGCAGUUGGCACUAUCUGUGCUAAUCAAUUUAUGUUAUAAAAAUUUCGUAGUAAUGUUUCUCUUUUUACGUUCGGUGAAUAUAUCGAAUUUUACAAAACGCAUUCAAAGCUAUGGCAUGUUGGCGAGUAAGAUGUUAAUUAUACUGAGUGAAGAUACUCAUACGCCGAACCAGAGGGAUUUAGAUUUAUUCAUACGUUCAACAUUUGCUACAAUAGAGGAAUGCAUUAAAAAUUGGAACGUGCCUUAUUUGCAGCAUAUAAUAGAUUUCUUUGUGGACUCUAAGGCACAUACGUGUCUGCAUCGCACUAUGCUGGAUUAUAAAAAUUACUGCGAAGAUGUGGAGCGGCUACUCAACUGUCUGGAGUCAUGUGGCAUCGCUGAGGAUGUAGAUGAGCAAAUAUCGAAGCAACAGCACACUUGCUUGGGCUUACUUUUCCGACUGAUACUUUAUGUACUGCAAUUAAGUACUGUGCCAGGAUCUGAGAAUAAAGAAAAUGUUAUUAGUUUGGAUUCAAAUGUGCCGCGAAUAUUUGAAUUUUUAGGCAAGUGGCUGGAUUCUGAAGUUUGCGGAGUUAACGCUGUAGAAUUGUUAAAUGGCUUAAUAACAUUGGUUCCCAAAGAAUCAAUACCUGCUCGCAUUGCCCGUGAUCCCUCGUACAUCGUGCAACUGAUUGCUAUAUCAGAGAAACCGGAUACAAGUGCCCGCCAUAUAUCUGCCAUCUUACAGCUCCUGGCAUCAUUAUUGCAUCAAACAAAGACUGAGAAACUCAUUCUUUCACGUAUUACAGAAUCAUAUUUCGACAAAAUGUUUGCACCACUACUAAAUACUGGGCGCACAGAUAUGCCACUUAAUGCUGUUGUACCAGAAGAAAUCGAAAAAUAUACAUACUGCCUGUUGCUGCUAAUCAAUUUCGCUGGUAUUGCCAAAAAAGCAUAUUUUGAGAAAUGUUGUACUCUAUUGCAAUUCACUACAAUACAAAAUGUGUUGGCGCGCGCUAUGGUUGGUGGCAAUCAGACAGUUUGUGGUGCUGUUUUUCAAAUAUCUCAAUUUGAACGAUUUCCACAAAGUGAAGUGGCGAAUCAUAUCUCAAAAUUAACGCCAUAUAAGGGAGUGGGUAGCUCUGCUGCACCCAGUGUUGAUGGUGAUCAGUUGCAAAAGCUAAAUAUUAUAAUGAAAAGUCAUAAAACAUUUGUUGGCAAAGAGAUGGAGGAGCGACUUAAUGCUUUAAUUGAUGUGAUCAGUAAUGCACAUCGUAAUAAUCAAAUACAAAAUGUAGCCAUGUCGCAGAUUAUUGAAUUAUUCAAUUAUAAGAGUGAAAUUUUUAGUUGCGCGGAAAGUUGCAUGCAAAGGCGGCUGGAGAUCGCCAGCCAAGAGAUAACAAAUCUAACACAACGCAUCAAUUUACAAAAUGCUGAGUUACAAAAAUACGAAAUGAUGAAUUUUGAGCUGCAUGUCAAUCAAGAGGGUCUGCAAACACAGUGCCAAGAUUUAAAACAGCAAAAGGAUAAUUUGAAACAUAAUUUGGCAAGUUUAAUGAAGAAGUUGUCUGAGCAGUCAGAAUCAUUGCAAAUAAGUGAAAAGCGUUUGACUGUCAAAGUGUCGGAAGUAAUAGUUUUACAAAAGGAAAAUGGAGAACUUAAAGAGGAACUGACUUCAAAAACCAAGGAAUUGGAAAAAAUGCAAGCCAACGCCAAGGAAAAUGUCACCCGCAUAGAAAAGUUGAAAAAGUCGAUUGCUGCUUUCGAACUCGAUAUAAAAGAAAAGUCACGCAUCAUUGAAGAGCGUGAGCGAGAGCUGACUAAAAUGCAUAAACUCUACGAAGAGCAGAAGGAGGCGAAGAAGAAAUGUGACGAUGUCAUCUCAGUAUUGGAGGCGCAAAUUCAGGACAAAAAUGAACAAAUACGCAGUUACGAGUUGGAGUUGAGUGAAACAGAAGAGUUACGCAAAACUAUUAUGAGCCUCAUGGAGAGUAAGAAGCCGAAACGAAAAACAUAAAUUACUUACUCAGAGUCCGACACGAUGCGCUGACUGUCGCAACGAUUAAAUGCAAGUUAAAAUUUGAUUAAGUUUAGUAUUGUUAGAAAGUUUAUUUGUGCAUCGUUAGGACGGAGGAGGGUAGGAAAAAUAUGGUAGCAUAUUAAGAGCGUUUUAUAAAUUAUUUUACAAUAUAUAGUAAUUUAGCGCUUAACUUACUAAGUACAUAUUUAGUUAACAAUUUCCAAUUAUACAUACAUACAUAUAUUAUGGUUGCAUAUACAACUUUUUAAAUGUUAUAAUGAACCAAUUUCAUUUGCAUUUCAUAUACAUAUAUACAAUACAAGCAAGUUUGUCAAAAUAAAUUACAACUAAAUGUACAUAAGUGCUUGUUUUUUACUGUUAAAUACAAUAUUUUUUUUACAAAUGCAUGCAAUUUGCACAGCACCGCAUACAAUGGUUUAGCGUUAUUA